GCCGAGCAGCUGCCACACCGCUCCACCGCUUGCAGGGUCCGGGAAAGAGAAGUACACCGCCCCGCCCAUGCCAGCGGGAAAUGGCAUCGUGCCCAGCAUGAACACCACCACGUGGUUCACCUGCUCAAAGUCCGUUUCAGGUGGAGCAGGUUUGACUGGCUCUGACUCACCUGGGCGAGCUCCACAGGUGAUAAAGGUGCUCUCUCUCUCUGCUCAGAUCCACAGCACAUCUGAACUCUCUCACCUCUACACACAUCUCACCUGGACGCAGAUCUCACCUGGGCUCUCACCCGUAGAACCGACCUUACCUGGACACAGACCCUGUCACCUGUAGAAAGUUCUCACGUGUAUACAGCCCUCACCUGUGCCAUGCUUCAGUUUGUCCUCCUGUUCGCGGUGGUCGCCGGAGUCUAUGUGAUCCUGAACAAAACGCUGUUCAAACGUUCACAUUGCCGUGGAAACCUUCCCAUGGCCAAGAAAACCGUGGUCAUCACUGGAGGAAACAGUGGGAUCGGAAAAGCCACAGCGCUGAACUUGGCCCGAAGAGGAGCACGGGUCAUUAUGGGCUGUCGGAACCAGCGCGUGGCAGAGAUGGCUAUUUUGGAGAUCCAACAGGAGACGGGGAACUCUGACCUGGUCUACAGACACCUGGAUCUGGCCAGUCUCAAGUCGGUCCGAAACUUCGCUGAGAACCUGCUGAAGACCGAACCCCAUAUCGACAUCCUCAUCAACAACGCAGGUCUGGUUGGAGACGGGCGCACAGAGGAUGGCUUUGGGAUCCAGUUUGGGGUGAAUCAUCUGGGCCACUUCCUCCUGACCAACCUUCUCCUGGACAAACUCAAACAGAGCCCCAAUGCUCGGAUCAUCACAGUGUCUUCCAUGGCCCACCGCUGGGGCUCCAUCGACUUCCAGACCCUGCAGCAGACCCAUGACCUUGGUACGGGCACAUAUUCUUGGCAGUUUUUCAAGGCAUACUGCAACAGUAAACUGUGCAACAUCCUCUUCACACGAGAACUCAGCCGCCGUCUCCAGGGAACCUCUGUGUCCUGCUUCUGUGUUCACCCAGGCGUCAUCCGCACAGAGCUGGCGCGUAACAUCUCGCUGUGGCAGAAGGUUCUGGUGGAGCCAGUGUCACGGUUGUUGUUCUUGAGUCCAGAGGAGGGCGCUCAGACCACACUGCACUGUGCUCUUCAGGAGGGGCUGGAGAGGCUGAGCGGCUCCUACUUCUGCUGCUGCGAGGAGCAAGAGCCCGCCCCCCAGGCCAAAGACGCACACGCCGCACGCAGGCUGUGGGAAGAGAGCGAGAGGUUCUGUGGGCUCCAGUGAGACCUGGUUUAGACCAGGGUUAAACCAGGGUUAGACCUGGUUUAAACUGGAUUUAGGCUUGGGUUAGUCCUGGUGUAGUUCAGGUUUAGACCUAAUUUAGUCAUGGUUUUGUCUUUUGGACUGGGAAGUCCUUUUGUGGUGCCUCAUAAUGUAUUAAAAUGGGUUUAAUCCUGGUUUAGUUCCUGCUGGCUCUAAGGCUGUAUUCACACUGUGUUAGUCCUUGUUUGAGCCCAGUUUAGUUCUGGUUUAGACCUGGUUAAGUCCUGGUGUAGUCCAGGUUUAGUUCCAGGUUUUGUCCAGGAUUAGUUCCGAGUUAGUCUCUUUUAUAGAGAAAAGCUGUUGUGCUCAUUUUGAAGCCUUUGUUUGAAAUUUUAAUUUUGUGUUACAUCUCUCUAACAUUUUUGUGUUGAAAUAAUUGUCAUAUUUUUCUAGAAUAAUGUGUUUUAUUUUGAAAGGAUGAGUUCUCUUGAGAACAUUUCUAGCACAUUGACUGGACUAUUAUUUAUGACUGCAACAAGUGUUGUAUUUUUGUAUUUUUAUUUACGAAGACAGUCUAAAUAAAUAAGUACAUUU